GUCGGCUCUCAAGUGACCUAUGAUGACCGCUACGAGUACGAGGAUCUGCCCGGCGACGAGGUGACGGAGUACGAUGACGAGGAAUACACGCAGCCAGAUAUCACGCCUGUCUUCACCGCCACGGGGCAGCACUUCUCCGUGGAAACCGGCGGGGACAUUACCUUCCCCUGCCAAGUGGAGAACCAAGGUGAUCACGUCCUCAUGUUCAAACACAUUCAGCCGGACGGUGAGCAUCGCCUCCUCUUCGUGGGUGACAUGUUGCUUAAACAGUCCAUGAAGCUGAAGAAGGAAGGCAACUCGUUCAAGCUCAGCGGGGUUCGAAGGAGCCACGCGGGCCAGUACGUCUGCCGCAUCGAGACUUCGCCCGCUAUCGAGGUUGUGCAUACUCUCGACGUGCAGUACCCGGCCAAGGUGCGCCGCGUCAGCCCCGAGGUCCAACACGUGACGCAGGGAUCAAGCGUCAAACUGGAGUGCCGCGCGGACGGUAACCCUGCGGCCGCUAUCAGCUGGAGCAGGAAGCAAGGUCACCUCCCCUCCGGCUCCCAGUCCGAGGAGGGCCUGAGCAUCACCCUGGGGGACGUUGACCGGCACGUGGAGGGAACUUACAUCUGCACCGCCUCCAACGGCCUGGGCAAACCCUCCUCCGCCGAGAUGACCGUCCAGGUGGAGUACCCCCCGGAGAUCAACACGGAGCAGGCCAUCCUACACACGGGGGAGGGUGACGAGGCCAAGCUGGUGUGUAUCGUCCACGGUCGGCCCCCUCCCUCAGUCACCUGGUCACACAAGGGCAAGGUCGUCAGCCCCACCCGCCACGUCUCCUCCCACGACGGGGUGCACCGCCACACGCUGACCGUCAAGCAGGUGCAGAAAGACGACUUCGGGGAGUACACGUGUCUGGCGGAGUCCACCCUCGGCCGCACCAACAAGACGCUCAGGAUUACAGGGCUGCCCAGGACGCCGCGCCUCACCAGCAGCCCCGCCGGUGGUGAGAAGACCUCUUAUACUCUGACGUGGCAGACGGAGAGCCACACGCCCGUCAUAAUGUACAGGAUGCAAUACCGAAAGCGAGGGAACAACCUUAUGAGUCAGUCUACCGGGCAAUGGAUCAUCAGGCUUCUAUCCCCCAAUGGUCCCUCUGGCGGCCCUGCUGUUGCCCCGCUGUCCUCAGGCCCCGUGCAGUACAUGAGCCACGCUAUCACUGACCUCGAGCCUGCCACGGACUACGAGGCGAGGGUGGCCGUGGAGAAUGAGUUCGGGUGGUCUGGUGACUCUGAGAUCUUCCACUUCUACACAAGGAAAGAGCCCCCAACCACAACCACCACCACCACCUCCUCCACCUCCGCCCCCGCCUUGAUGUCUGAAGUGGCGUCUGGCUACCAAGAGGUGGCGGUGGGGCAGUCGGCCAGCGGGGGCGUGCGUGCGGGCGUGGGCGCGGGGGUGUUCACUACGCUGCUUCUUGCCCUCAUUCUCCUGUCCUAAGACCAGUGUGUGUAGAACUGAGGUACUUUUAGGGUUCCUUCUCGCAGGUAAGGAAGGAGACGCCAAACACACACCUACACACACACACACUCACAGGUAGGAAGGACAGGUGUGGGGGCCUCUAAUGGGAGAACGUGCCUCUUGUCCCGUCACCUCCUGUCCCUCCCUCAGACAGUAGCCAAGUAAGGUCAGUCAGUGUGCGAGGCGUGACGAAAAGUGAAAGCCGCGCAGUUGUAUAAAGGGAUGAGAUUCUACAAGUUCCGGUGUUUGUACUGUAAGGUGUUUAGGAGCCUUUUGUGUGUUUGUUUUUUUAUUUGGUCUUCAGCUCACGACUAGUAUUUAUAUAUUUUUUUUACAUUUAUAUAAUUUUCCGUUUUUUCUCUUUUUUUUUCAUUUUUCUCAAUUUUACUAUUAUUGCAAGUUUGCUUUCCCAUUUGUUUCUUUUGAUUCAUGUUAAGUUCCGGUGUUUUAGGUAUCUUAAAAUGUUUGGAAGUGUUUUUUUCUUCGCUUUGUUUUUUUAUUAUUUUUCAAAACUACAUAUUUUUUUUACUUUUCUCAAUUUUACUAUUAGUGCAAGUUCAAUUUCCCAUUUGUUUCUUUUGAUUCAUAUUAAGUUCCGGUGUUUUAGGUAUCUUAAAAUGAAUGGAAGUGUUUUUUUUUUUUUGUCGCUUCGUUUAUAUUUUUUUUAAACAGUAGAUAGCGUUUUUUAUUUCAUUUAUUUUGCGCACACUGUAGGUAGCGUGGUGAUUUUUUUUUAUAUAUAAUUCCUAUAAGUAUACUCCCUCAUUUAUCUUUGUGCCAUUUAUUUAUUUACUUUAUCUAUUUUCAUAAUUUAUUGCGUGGUAAUAAUAUGCUCAGCUAGUUCGAUAAUCUCAUGUACCUUUUAACUUUUUCGUCGAUUUUCAAUUUGUCAAAAUUUAUCUCAAAAGUUAUCCAAAAAGCAUAACACCUCGUUGUGCAUAAUUUCCACCAGUGUAACAAGAGUAAUCAUUUUAAUUAUUCAUUGUCUUCGUUAUUCCACGCACCAAAGACAACAAUUUUUUAUGUAUAAGUUUCCCAUACGUUAGUUAUUCCAAAAUUACGUGACAUUCUUUACAUAACUCCCAACAGUGUAACGAGGCAUCAUUUCAAUCCUUCAUAUAUCUUCUAAGUUAUUCCGCCGCCACAGACACAACGCAACUUCCAAGAUCAACAACGUUUGUCUCUUCUUCUGUGCAACGUUUAUUUCCAACAGUGUAACAAGGCAUCAUUUCAAUCCUUCUUAUUAUCUUCUAAGUUAUUCCGCCGCCACAGACACAACGCAGCUUCUAAGACCAACGUUUGUCUCCUCUUGUGUGUAACGUUUAUGUCCCGCGCAGACCAAUGAGGAGGCUGACAUGUGCACGUGAGAGUGUUUUAAGCUAAUCCUGUGUGUGUUUUGUACUCUGGAAACGACCACCGGCGGGCGUCUUUGUAAAGUUGUAUCUCGCCCGCCGCUGUGGUCCGUUCACGCUAACUUGGCGGACGAGCCCCUCCCUCUACCCUGUUUUUGAUUUUAGAGGUAUUUUUCAACGGGUCUUUUGUCAAGUUUUGCUCAGUUUUUCAGUUCUUCCGUAUCCUAUUUUUCCCCAUCUUUGUUUUCUUUUCUUCAUUCUUUCCACUUUUUCUCUAUUUUUCCAUUCUCUCAAUUUCCUCCCUCCCCCCCCCACACACACUUCCUUUCCCCUCUUCCAUUCCCUCCUUUUCCUCACUCCUUUCUCCCUCUCCUUCCUUCUAUUCUAUCCCUUUCCUCUCCCCUAUCCCCCUUUUUCCCUCCAUUUUCCUUCCCCUUUUUUCCCUUUUCUGAACCAUUUAUGUUUUCUGGGUUGUCACUUACCUGAAAAUCACUACUUAAUUGCCUCCACCUGUCUGUGUGCUGGAGGUAGGGAGGCUGGUCUUCUCCGCCAAGUUAGCGUGAACAGGGUCUUCUUCUAGGUAUCCCGUGUAGCGUUUGAGUUCAGAGGUGACACAGGUGCGUCGGAAGGUGAGGCGGCCUGUUGUUACCUCACCUGUGCCCACCUGUGUUCACCUGUGUUCCGUUAAUGAAGCUUCGUAUUCGUGGUCAUCAUGAACUAACUCACUGUACAAAUAAUGAACACCUUUUUUUUUUUUUAGGGGGGGGCCAGAAUUUUUGGGUGUAAUGUGUAAGUCCUUCAUAAGAUCAGGUGAGAGGAGGGAAGAAAGGAAUCGAGUUGUAGCACUUUUUUUUUACUACUUUUUAUUGGUCAACUUCACACACAAAAAAGUAAGAUUUUGUAUAGAAUUAACUCGUGAUAGAACUUAACUUUUGUCUUAUAUUUUCAUAAGUUUCACACACACAAAAAGCAAUAUUAUUUAUAGAACUAAACUUUUUGGUCACUUUCACAUCCCAAAAUUAAGAUUGCGUGUAGCAGUAAUUACUUUUCAAUUCUAUAUAUUUGUCAAUUUCACACAAAUUUUAAACUAUAAGAAUAAGUGAAAAGAAGAAAGGAAUCAAGUCUUUUAUAAAUUUUCUUGGUCAAUAUCACAACAACAAACAAAUAAGAUUGUGUGUAAAGUAAUAUUUUUGGUCAAUUUCACAUCCAAAGAAUUAAUAUUGUGUGUGGAACUAUUUUUUUUGUGUGUGAAACCUAUUUUUUGGUCACAAUUUCACUAACUGGAAUUUUAAGAUCAAGCAAGGUGAGUUAAUUUGUAGCUUAAUCCUGCUUCUCUAACGUCAAAAAAAAUCCCCUUAGUAUUUAAUUAGAAGAGGGAAUAUGAACCAAUUUGAUAGUUAUUUUUAUUUAUUCAGAUUAACUUAAAUUUUUUGCUCAUAAUUUCACUAACUUGAAAUGUAAAAACCAAGUAAGAGGAUUUUUUUGGUUCAUCUUGCUUCUCUUAAGAUCAGUAUUUGCCUGUUGCAUUUAUAUAAACAAUUAGUGCAAGGAAUAUGAAACAAUUUGUCGCAUUGUAUUUUAUCUCUUUGUCUUAUGUAACAAAGUAAUGAUUAUCGUGCCACGAGAACCUGUGUAUAUUGUAAAGGAAAACGCAACGCUCUUUUUUUAUUAAGGGGAUAACUUAUGCAUUUAACAAUCUCCUCAUGAAUGUAUUUGUUAUGUGUCACACUCGCUAGCUCUCCUGUCUCUUUCUUUCUUAUUAUUUUCAUCGGUAGGUUUUUAGUUUUUAUUCAUUUCCGUCAUUCGUGUUCCCGAGGGAGAUAACGAACACCAUUGGCAAAACGUUCAAAUGUGGAUCCAUUAGAGACAAACGUUCAAAUGUGGAUCCAUUAAGAGACAAACGUUCAAAUGUGGAUCCAUUAAGAGACAAACGUUCAAAUGUGGAUCCAUUAAGAGACAAACGUUCAAAUGUGGAUCCAUUAAGAGAAAAACAGUUUAAGUCACGGUUUGCCGCCGCGAGUACGUAAGAGGAUAACGAUGACGCGAAAGCUUUUUAUUACGAAUUUGGUGGCUUUGCAAUGUAAAAAAAAAAUCAUUCUUGUAUUUAGUAUUGUUGGCUUCGGUGAUUGAAAAAUAUGACGCGUUAUUAAUAAGUCUGGGAACAGCGAUUAACGGGCCUUUUUUUUACACUUUUUUUUUUUUUUGUUGCCCUUGAGCUGUUUCUUUAGCUGUAAAAAAAAAAGUCAUAGAUUGCUGCAGCUACUGAAUGAUAUAAUAGGAAGAAAAAAAACAAUUCGCUCUCGCCACUAAACGAAUGAAGUUGACCACCUAAAUGUUAUGGAUCAAGAAGUCAUUGAACAUUAAGUAAUUUUAAAAAGGAGAAAAUUCAGAUUGUUUUGUAAAGAGACUGAUGUUUGUAAUGCUGUAAUUGAGUGAACUUAAUAUCCAGACUUGCAGCAUUAAAUAAAAAAAAGAACGUUGAUAUUUGAAGAGAAAGAUACAAAUACUUCACUUAUAAUAGUAAUCCAAAAACUACGAUGAUAAAAUUAAUACCAAUUCCUUAAAAAAAAUAAUAUGCUUUAAUACGAGUAAAGAAAAUACAACCUCGAUAAGAAUGAAAAAAAAUACCUCGAAAGAAAAAUUAAAACACGAAAUUGAUAAUCCAAAAAUCCAAAAAAUACAGAUCGAAAAAAAAGUCACUUACAAAUAAAGAAAUCACCAAGAAAAACUAAAAAAAAAAAACAUACUCCAAUAAAGAAAUCAACAAGAAACGCUAAAAAAAACAUGUACUCCAAAGACCGACAGAGCCACAAUCAUCCUCACUCCACUAAGUUAACUCUCCCACCUGUCUCCGGAAGGUCUCUAUAAAUAGUCAUAAACAUUAACUAGCUUAGGUAAGGAACUACAACAAGAUAGGUGUCCCAUUCUCUACGAUAGGCUUCAAUUCCUUAACCUUCUCCUCCGCUUCUCCGGCAGCCAGCCAGCUACUGCUCUACCAUAUAAGGUUUUUUGUACCAUAACUUGAAGGGAAGAAGAAUAAAUGUACUUUUAUC